AUGACCAAGUUUACAGGUACACAGUCAAUGUUAUAAUAACUAAGGAAUAAACUAAAUAUAGCAUAUUCUUGCUGUUCAGGAGAUUAGACUACUGUACAUGCAUGUCUCUAAGAAGUAGUUUAAAGUGGAUAAAUGUGUCGUUCGUGUCGCGUAUUUACUCCAUUUUAACACGCGUUUAAUUUAACCCUUUCACUGCCAGUUACUGCCAGAGUGAAUAAUGGAGUUUUGUAAGGUGGUUCUAACGUUUGACUCUGUGGAGGAAAUCCUGUGAUGUGACCAUUCAAAUGAAACCUCUCUACCUGUACUUUCACAUGGUCCAAAAAGAAAUUUGUGAAUUUUUGUUGAAUUUUGCCCUUGGCCAUAUUUGGCAGUGAAAGGGUGAAGUAAAGAAAGAGAUCUGUGGCUGACUCAAAUUUUUAUCCUUUUGUAGGAUUUGAUAACACAUGCGACCUAUCAGCAGUCCUGGGAAUUCUGGAGAGAGCGUCCACUUUUUCUGCUUACAUUCAAAUAAGUGCCAAGGAUAUGCGAUCUAAUGUGAGAAAUGAGUGGGGACACUGUAACUUUGACCACUGGACGGAUCUGGAGUUUCUACAUUGCUUUCAGGUGAUGGAAACAAUGGUUCGUUCAUUGGGGCUUCCAAAGGCUGAUGAACAGAAAACUCUUGACGAAAUUCGUGACUGGGAAAAGAAGGGUACGUAAUUUAAAAGUGGUUGUUUAGGGUAUUUCGACCGCAGGUACAAGUUUCAAUUUCCUUCCUUUUCCUCAAACACAUACCAAAUUAACACAAAGGGCUUUAAUUCUAUGAAGGAAUAUGCCCGUCUGAUACUGAUGUUGUAAAACUAGGUAAAAGAGAAGUAUAAGGAAUUGAUUUUCUCUGUUCCGUUGCUUAUAUUUGAAGAGUCAUCCGACUGGAAGUUUAGCUAAGUUUAUUGCUGCAGCAACCAUGAAAAAAGGAAAUGCACUAGUACUAAUUUACUAUGGGGUCAUUCUUGACAGGUUUGAACCUGUGCAUGGGUUGCCCGGUGGAUAAUGAUUUGAUGAAGUUUAUCAGCGUAGAAGUUACCAACUUAGAAAAAGAAAUAGCAAAUAUAAAGCAGUACAGCAGUGAUGACGCCAACAAAAUAACUGCUGCUCUUCAAACAACCAGAGACGAAGUUGAUAAAGUUCAAGAGCGUAUAACUGACAUUGAGAAGCAAAUGGAGACAGACCGAAAAGAACGGCUUGAAAAACAGGAAGCCUUGUCGAGUGACAUUGAAGAUAUUUCUAACACGUUAGCAAAAUUAGAUACACGCGUAGAUGUUAAUAAAGAGGACGUUUCUCAGUUGAAAGAAAAACAAAGCGGUUUAAAGACUACGGUAUCGACUAUAACAGACGAUCAAGCUCGUUUAACUGAAGACAUGGGGGCUUUAAAAAUGGAGCACAGUCAGUUGGAUGCUAGGGUUAAAGCGCUAGAAAAUGGCAGUUUUAAGACUACAAAUGCAAAAAUUUUUCAAGUGCCGAGCCGGAAUCGUUGCUUUUGUGGUCGCGAUAGGGAGCUAGAAGCAAUUGCAGCGCAACUAAAAUACAGCCAAAAUGGUUGUAUUCAUUCAGCUAUUUGUGGUCUAGGUGGCGUUGGGAAAACGUCUCUCGCUGUAGAAUUUCUCUGGCAACAAAAGGGAGAAUAUCCAGGGGGGAUUUUCUGGAUUUCGGGCGAAAAUAAUGAUCUUUUUCAAAGGUCAGUCUGUGAGAUGGCACGUCGAAUUGGAACGUUCGAAAACGAUUUCGACAACUCCUUGUCGAGUACCCUUGAAUGGCUUGGAAAACGCGAAGAGUUGUGGUGCUUAGUGGUCGAUAAUCUUGAUGAGUUAGAAAUGUCCAGAGAGAUGCGAAAGCUGCUCACUGGCCACUGGAAACAUGUGGCUCGUGGACACAUCAUCAUAACAACAAGAAGAGAAGUUUCAGAAGUUGGAGAGGACACAGGAAUUGAUGAGCAGUGUUGUAUUGACUUAAAAUGCUUAACAGAAGAAGAAGGCAUUUAUUUCCUACGAAAGCGAACAGGUAAGGAUGAGGGAGAAGACAAUGACUUACGUGAGCUAGUCAGAGAACUGGGAGGGUUGCCCCUAGCUCUUGAUCAAGCUGGUGCCUAUAUACGGUGGGUUAAACAGUCUGUAAAAGAGUAUGUGAAGAAAUACAGGAAGCAGAAGCUGCUUCUCUUAAAAAAGAAAAAGGCGCAGCUAUUUGUGGAAAACACCUCUCCUGAACGGCUAGCUGUACACACAACCUGGACGUUGAAUUUUGAUCACAUCAGCCACAUCUCAAAAGAGAUGGAACUUGGAGAAGCUCCCAUUCGUUUUAUGGAGNUCUGUAAAAGAGUAUGUGAAGAAAUACAGGAAGCAGAAGCUGCUUCUCUUAAAAAAGAAAAAGGCGCAGCUAUUUGUGGAAAACACCUCUCCUGAACGGCUAGCUGUACACACAACCUGGACGUUGAAUUUUGAUCACAUCAGCCACAUCUCAAAAGAGAUGGAACUUGGAGAAGCUCCCAUUCGUUUUAUGGAGGUUUGUGCUUUUUAUGGCCCAGAUGACAUUCCAUACGAGUUGGUCAAUGAAGGGCUGAAGGAAGAUGGCAGUUCUGCAGAGGAAAGCGAUCUAUGGGAUCAAGCUGAGAUAGUAUCUCUUCUUACCAAGUUUUCCCUGUUUCAAAGAUUCGAAUCAGAAUCAUUUAGUGUUCACCGUUUAGUGCAAGAAGUGAUACGAAGCCAAAUGGAAAAAGAACAAACUGAGUUGGUUCUCUCUCGUGCCGUAUGUGUCCUUCACCACGCGCUGAAAAAUACUCGCUCACCGGCUGAAGUGUGCGAACGUUUCGUUGAAGACGCUGUUUUUAGUGUGGACAAUCCCCCUUCGUUGCAUUUAUGGGGUAAGUUGGCCUUACAUUCCACGUAUUUGCAGGAGCAUUUGCGUAAUUACUCUGCCAAGCAUAAAGAGUCAGUCCAUACCCUGUUGUACACUGAAGAAACCGUGCGUGUCUUCAAUGAAGCAAGUAUAUUUUUCAGUGUUUCCCAAGAGAAAGUUAAAGCUCAAGAAAUACAGAAACUGAAACUGGACUUUCUGGUGAGCAUCGCUAAGGCAACCACAGAGGAUGGCACCAAACCGUUCAAGUAUUUCAUUGACAUCCCUUUAAAGGACAAAGAAUACAAGCUGAUAUCUCUUGCAUGA